GGAACGCAGUAAGCGAUUGAGCUCAGUGCUGAACACAUCUGAACAUGCCGUGAGGGUGACAUACAUCGAUGACUGCCGUGGUGCUCGCUCUGGAGCAUGUUGCGACCUUCUCUCCCUCCUGGCUGGUGAAUCUCCUUCUGUCGAUGAUACCCGCGUUUGGUUACGCUCUCGAUUGCCUGUCUGUCCAUGAGUGCGACACUGACCUUGGUCUCGUUGGUCUCAAGAUCGGAACAUUAUGCGCUUGUUCUCGUCUUCUACCUACUACUCUGCUCUACGUGGUGUGCUCGACUGCUAUCCUGAUACCGGUGACAUGAGUCUCGAAGACUUUACUGAAAUUCGGUCUGCGGCAAACAAUAAGACUUGAUAUCACACGUUUUGCAGCGGUCUCGCUUCGGUCUUUGAGGUCAAGCUCUGAAGUUCCAAUUGGUGACCCACAACCAGCAGCUACCGUUUGCCUAUCGACAAAGCUGUCUGUUCUGCUUCGAUGCGCACCUCUCUCCACUGAGGUCGAGCUUGAAACUGGAAAUGGUCAAGACGCCUGCUGCUUCAGCAUCUCUAUAGGCGCAAGUCCACAUUGGUGCUUUGCGAUGCUCUAUACACUUGAGAGACUUCCAAGAAGGGAUGGGUGGAAAUUUGUCUCUUUUUACCGAUAUGCAUUGCUGGGAGCAAAGGGCAAGCAGGCACCUUCAUGACAUAGUGGCUAAUAAGUUUUGUUGUAAUAUACGAAAGCAUUCAAAGGACGCGGAAAUC